CUUCAUUCAGUCCUCGAUCUUCUUUAUUCUCUACUUGUGUGCGUGGGAAGAGAGAGAGAGAGAGAUUAGAAGGGGGGCGGCUAAGAAAUUCAGAAGGAAUUAAUCGCUUAUCGCGCUGUAGUUACUUGGACAUAUUCAAGCAUUAGAAAUGGCUUCAAGGCCCAUUGUUCCACGACAACACAGAGGUGAGGCAGUAGUUGGAGGAGGAGGUGAUCAGCAGCAGAAGAAGAAUGGUGCGGCAGAAGCAAGAAACCGGAGAGCACUCGGGGAUAUUGGGAAUCUGGUCACCGUCCGGGGAAUCGAGGGCAAGCCUAAUCGUCCAAUCACAAGGAGUUUCUGCGCUCAACUACUCGCAAAUGCUCAAGCCGCAGCGGCUGCUGAAAACAACAAGAAACAAGUUUGUGUUAAUGUGGAUGGAGCCCCUCUUCUUCUAGAUGGAGUUGCUGCCCGGAAAAGAGCCGGUGCACCAAAGCCACCUCAGAAGAAAGUUAUUGUCAAGCCGAAGCCGGAGGAAGUGGUUGAGAUAAGCCCAGACACCCAGGAGAAUGAUGCUAAGGCUAAGCAAGAAAAUCCCGAAAACAAGAAAAAGGAUGGAGAAGUGACGGCCAAGAAGAAAGCAGCCGCUUUUACUUCAGUACUCACUGCUCGAAGCAAGGCUGCUUGUGGUUUGACUAACAAACCAAAGGAGCAGAUUGUAGAUAUUGAUGCAGGGGACAUAGGCAAUGACUUGGCUGCUGUGGAAUACGUUGAGGACAUCUAUAAAUUUUAUAAACUAAUUGAGCAUGAGAGUCGCCCUCAUGACUAUAUGGAAUCGCAGCCGGAGAUUAACGAAAGUAUGAGGGCAAUUCUGGUGGAUUGGCUGGUGGAUGUCCAUAGGAAGUUUGAUCUUUCGGUAGAAACUCUUUAUCUGACCAUCAAUAUAAUAGACCGCUUCCUCGCAAUCAAGUCAGUGCCAAGGAGGGAAUUGCAGUUGGUGGGCAUCAGUGCAAUGCUCAUGGCCUCCAAGUAUGAAGAAAUCUGGCCCCCUGAGGUCAAUGACUUUGUACACCUUUCAGACAAUGCUUAUAGUCAUGAACAGAUUCUGGUGAUGGAGAAAAUUAUACUGGGCAAGCUGGAAUGGACCUUGACUGUUCCUACACCAUAUGUUUUCCUCGCUCGUUUCAUCAAGGCAUCUAUGGGAGAUCAGGAACUGGAAAGCAUGGUGUAUUUUCUGGCAGAGUUGGGUGUGAUGCAUUAUGCGACCAUAAUAUAUUGCCCAUCAAUGAUUGCUGCCUCGGCAGUCUAUGCUGCUCGUUGCACUCUAAAGAAGACACCUACUUGGAACGAGACACUUAGGCUUCAUACUGGCUUCUCUGAACCACAAUUAAUGGAUUGUGCUAAACUAAUGGUGAGCUUCCACUCAAUGGCUGCCAAGAGCAAGCUUCAGUCUGUGUACAGAAAGUACUCAAAUCCUGAGCGGAAAGCUGUGGCGCUGCUUCCGCCGGCCAAAUCUCUCUUGCCAUCGGCUGCCUUGAUGAAGACCACAGUUUAAUCACAUGGCUUUUAUGUUAGAGAGACAAAGGCUUUGAAUCAUUUGAAUCAGUUCAAAGGUGGCUUGUAAAUUGUGUCGUCACUCGUCACUCGUCAGUGAUGUGAUGAUGUCUCUCAUUAGUGAUUAGAUUCCAGAUUUUUUUGAUUAAUUGCUACUCAAAUCAUCGUGUCAAGAAGAAAUAUUCAUUUCUCUCUCUCGUAUAUGAAGAAACACUUUAUUUGCUCAACUAUAUAGUGGGCAAUUUGCUA